UUCAAUCAAAAUUUAUCGUAAAUUUUCAAAUUCUCAAAAGUUUAGUGUUGUGCUUAAUAAUUUCGUUCCGUUUCAAAAGAACUGUGGAAAGCAAUAAAUAUCUGAAAAUGAUUAAGAAUUUGACAUUUAGUUCAUAUUCAAACCAAAUGAGAAAUUAAAUUCCAUGGCAUUUGCAUUCCACUAAAAAUCCACAAUUCAUCGUGCAAGUCCCCCAUGCAAUGAACGGUUGCAAAAUUCAGAAUCAAUGGAAAGGUAUUAUCAGCGGCCGCCGACCACUGACAAGCAGCCUGGAUCCCACUGGAAGGCAUUCCAGCUCCACUUCCAAUUCGGCUCGCAAUCGCACUGCCGUGCAGCGCCAUAUUUGUUUGAAGUGGAGACAGCAGACGUUCAGCGAGUCCGGUUCGUCGUGUCGCGAUUUUUCUGAUCCGCCGUCUGCUUUUUGCGCUAAUCAAUUGUCAUUUUGCAUAAAAUCGAUAGCCAGGAGCGCGAGCAUUGGCUGGGAGUGCAGCUAGUAUCCGUUUCCACUCAGCAUUUCGAAGAAAAUCGAUUUUUUCGAUUUCGGAGUCGAGCGCCACCGAUUGAUUGCAGCCUUAUCGAGGUGCUGUGUGUCAGUGCAUUUUUCCAAUUGGAUUUGGCUGUCGCGAAACUGUCGCCCGUUUAGCGCUCGCUCACUCGCGCCCGCACUUCGCCUGCCGACGAACGCAGCUUGAAGCGAAACGUUUUCUGCCAGCCGCCGAGUGCUUGGAACCCGUGACUCCCCUACGCAAUCCGCUCCUGCCAGGGACUUUUGCCAGUUCUGUUGGUCCCGUGAUGUCGACGGGAUUCUGAUCGGAAACCAAUUAGGAAGAGAUUUCCACUUCCGCCGACGAUUCUUUUCGCCGUGUCUCGCUGGGUCGUGAAAACCGUUUCCGUUACGUGCACGACAGUGGAAACUUGCGCGGACCAAGGAUUUUCACGCAGAUAGCCCGUUGUGUCCAAUACACUUUGUGAAAGAUCUGCUGGCUCAGGAUCGUGGCCAGUCGCGCCGUGGAGCAGUGAAAGUGCAGUGAAAAGAAGCGAUUCCGCCGCUGCUCGUGUCCUUCGGGCAAAUUACUUCGCCCCAGUCGACGUGCUUUACUUUCUUCAAAUAUUCAGUGAACGUGUGUGUGCGUGGAAAAAUUGAACGUGCGAGCGGGAAAAGGUGAAAAUCUGCGGUUCCGUUGCUGCUGAUAAGAAAAGUGCAUUUCCCGUGAUCGUGCGUGGAAAGCGAAUCACAUUUGCAGCAGCCAAGCGUUUGCCCCGCGAGCGAAAACGGUCGCCUUGGUGAGUUUUUCAGAAGCGGAAGAGCCAGCAAAUUCGAAUUGCCGCAAUAUGACUACCCAGCAGAAGCAACGGAUUCAAGUACCAGACUGUUUACGUGACGUCCUGUUAGAAUUUUCAAUAGCAUAUUUGCUGGAACAGCCUGGCGAUGUGAUUGACUAUGCCGUGGAAUUUUUUACUCGGCUGCAAGAAAACCGAAAGACUCCAGCGGUGCAAUCGGGCGAUAUACCAUCACCUGAUGAAAGUGUUAUGUCACAGGAUGAAGAACCCGUUGUUCAAAGAUUUGCCGGCCGACGUAAAUCUGUAUUUGCGGAAGCAUACGAUCCUGAAAAUGAUCCAGACGAGGAUGAGGGUGCAACAGCAAUAUUCCCAAAAACAGAUGAACAGCGAGCUCGACUUAUCGAAUCAGUCAAAAAUAUUUUGCUAUUUAGAUCAUUAGAUAAAGAGCAGAUGAACCAAGUUCUAGAUGCAAUGUUCGAGAAAAAAGUGCUGCCAAAGGAAUAUAUUAUUCGGCAAGGAGACGAUGGGGAUAAUUUUUAUGUUAUCGAAUCUGGUGUGUAUAAGGCGUUUGUAGGAGAAAACCACAUCCAUACAUAUGACAACAGUGGGAGUUUUGGUGAAUUAGCAUUGCUGUAUAACAUGCCAAGAGCUGCCACGAUCCAAGCAGAAACGGCAGGACACUUGUGGGCCAUGGACCGUCAAACGUUUCGUCGUAUUCUAUUAAAAUCAGCAUUCAAAAAGAGAAAAAUGUACGAGUCGUUGCUGGAUAAUGUUCCAAUGCUAAAAGCACUUCAGAGCUACGAGCGAAUGAAUUUAGCAGAUGCUCUAGUAUCAAAGACAUACAAUAAAGGGGAAAGGAUAAUUAAACAAGGUGAUGUCGCCGAUGGAAUGUACUUUAUUGAAGACGGUACAGUAUCGAUUCGAUUAGAACAAGAGGAUGGCGAAGUAGAAAUUUCGGUACUGAGUAAGGGCCAAUAUUUCGGUGAGCUGGCUCUCGUUACGCAUCGGCCCCGAGCUGCAUCAGCCUAUGCCAUGGAUCAAGUUAAAGUCGCAUGUCUCGACGUUGAAGCUUUCGAGCGCUUGCUGGGACCAUGUAUGGAGAUCAUGAAACGAAAUAUUGACGACUAUGAAUCGCAAUUGGUUAAGAUCUUCGGCAGCAAAAACAACAUUACUGACAUCCGAUAAAAAGUCUGAUAAGAAGUGCGUUUUUACAAAACAAAAGGGAAAAAUCAUUUUAAAGAAAUAAAUAAUGUAAAUUAUACGCAACAAAACACAAAAACCAACACACAAAAACAAUUAGAGGAGAAUAAUUUACACAGAAUAAAAGAUAAAAAAUAAAAAUAAAUCGAUGCCAUGUUUAAGUAAAUAUAGAUAACAGAAAUAUCAUGAAUAAAGAGCAAAAAAUGAAACACAAAUCAAAUGUUCUACACACGCAUAAAUUAACAGUAAAAAAUCAAACAAACACAUACAAGCUAAGUAAAUUAUUUAAUGUAAACUAUGAAUUAAGUGAAGUAAUAAAAAGUCACAGUGAGAAGAGAGUCUAAGAAGAAAGUGGGUAAACAUUGUUUAAAACAAGAGAACACAUUAUAAAUACAAAGGAAACUAUAUUUAUUACUAUCCCUGUUUUGCGUUUGAGUCAGCUAUUUGAUAAUAAUUUAAAAUGAAAGUUAUUUAAGUCAAGUAUGAAUAUAGAACCACUUUAAGUAAAAGCGUAACAAUCACACAGGUAGAGAAAAGGGCUCAAAGUCAAAUAUUUAAAAACAAAUCUAAAAUUUUAAUAUGAAAUGAGAGUGAAAUGUAAUUUGAUUGUAAUAUUUUGUAAUUAUUAGUUGUUUUUCUUCAUUUAUGCAUUUAGCUUUUCUUCCAAUUAAAUUAGUAAAAAUCAAAUAUUGUAAAUGAUAAAAUUGUUAUGUAAAACUAUGUGUAAAAAAAUUCGUUUGUUGGAAAGAGAGAAGUCGAAUAAAUAGUAUGUGGAAACUGAAAUCAAUGUAGAUUUUAUCGCGGCAAAAUUUAACAAAUGCAUAGCAAUUAUUUGAUAUGGCAAUACGAGUGCAAUCUAAUGUAAAUUUUGUGUCUUUUAAGUCGAAUUUAAUGCGAUUGAUAGCGUGGAUUUUCAACGAUAAUACGAUUUUCAAGCCAACUGCAGAAAUUUCGUUCCUUUGAAAGUAAUCCUAUUAUUACAAUGUAGUAAUCGUUGAAAAAUUGAAGAUGUAUAAAAUUUUCUACUGUAAGAAAGGGGAAUUAGUAGGAUCGUCGGAAUUAACAAACUUAAAUUGAUAUAAUUCCUCAGAAAAAGUUAACAGAAAUUACUUAUUGUAGAAGAUUAUAUUACCCGAAGAUUAGCACCUAAAGCCCGGGAUAACCAGGUGAUGUUUUUCGUUAGUUAAUGUCCCGAAUCGGAACCAUUUGACUGUAAGUCAUAUGCACCUAUGCCUGGUCACAAAGCGCCACACGUAACGAAAUGAAAACUAAAAGCUGUUCCGAUCCUGUUUUCCUUGGGAAAAGUGGGGCUUUGAGUAAUAUUUUUGUAUAUCCAGAAAGAUAAACCAGUCAGCAAUUAUCUGACUUACGAUCGGCAUAGAAGAACAUGAGAGUGAUCAGGACGUAAUUCUGGUCUCCGGAUCAUAACGGUACAAUUAUUCGAUUUUGCUAUCUAUUGCUUGUGAUGUUCUACUUCCCAAAUGGAGUCUUGUAAGUUCUUUUUGACAUCAAACAGUUGUAAAUUAGCCGAACGGAGCGUUUCCCUUUCUAAAUUUCAUACUUCAUCGUUUUCGACACCAUUCAAUAUACAAGCAACUCAUAAAAGAAGAUACGGUAUGGCUAAGAAAUAAUUUUACAGCAAUUUAAAAAAACAAAACAUAAUCUAAUCUGAAGUGAAGUUCGCAGAGUAUCGCCAGUGCAUCUCAGCUUUGGGGUGUAAAUUAUCUGUUCAGGAACAUACGUUUUCAGGUAAUAUUGGUGCAUACUUUGUGAUUAAAAUCCUCUUUUGUUUACUCACUUUUAAAAAAUCAGUUUCAUUCCGCUUACUACCCAGAAACAUUUCACAAUUGGCUCGCAUCAAAAAGCAAGAUCUCCAUCAACUAUAAACCGUUAAUCCCUUUAUAAAUUCUCGUGUCUCUUUAUGCCCAUCGAAAUUUGAUCUAGUCUAUAAAUAGUCACUACUCAACCCGGAAACGGCCCUUUAUAUAGCUAUUAAAACUCUAAAAUCCAAUUCAUCAAAUUCGCCAUUUUUGGAGAAAGUUUGGUGCCAGAAGGAGCAACACACUGAAGAAGGGAACAACUGAUUCCCGAAAUACGGUAUCUGUUUCAAUAAAGAAAAGUGUAGCUAACAAAGGAUAUCCAACUGAAUUGUAUUGUUCGAUUUUGUUCUUUUUCGAGACUUCUUAGGGCAUGACCACUGUGCAUAAAGCAUCGUCGUCGACCCCAAUCGGUCUCCUCAUUAGAGCGGCUCAGAAAAAUAUCAAUUUUCGCAGUGUUUAUCUUAAAUAAAACUUUCACCCAAAACGAUAUACAUGAUGUCACAAAAGUCUUCUCGAAAAUAAAAAAUAGUGUUUAAAUAAUGCAUUUUUAAAUUACAUUACAGUUCUUAGGAAUUUUUGACAGUUGAGUUUAGCUUGGUGGGGGAGCCGCAGCUCCAAAUAUUCAGGCAUUUGUUAAGCCCAUUAUCCCCUAAAAUGGCCUAUUCGUUUACACCCUUUUGCCAAUCUGCGAACAUCUACCAGAGGCAAAGAGUACACAGAUUCUUCGUUGAAGGAAACUUUACCGGGACAUUUUCGCCUGAUUUCUGAGGAAGCCAGGCAACUGCAUAUAAAGUUCAAAGCCGUCUCGUCCUCUUCCACUAUCCCAAUUUUUCCUAUGUGAUAGUUUGAGAGGAAUCUCCUCUAAAAGCCCCAACAGAAUUACGUUCUAUUUUUUAAGGGACAAUAAAAAAUAGAGGCCUCUGCUUCUUUCGCAAAGACUUUCGCCUGCCGGCAGGAAUUCAAAUUUCCUCAGUUGGUUAGCUGAGUCCUUGCAACUUCACAUUUUAAAACAGAGUUGACAACAAAUGGCCCAAGAAGAUAACAUAGAGAGAUCCCGACCCAAUAUUUGGAUUUGUAUGGUGAAAGAAAAGCAUCGCACAUGAACGCCGUUCCUUAAUCGUAUACAAAAGAAAACUAUCUACGCGUCAAGGACACACAAAUACGUGAACCACACGCGCAGAACUCAUUCUACAUAACAUAUUUGCCCGCGCAUAGCCAAGCAACCAGUUAAUUGCUUCGUAUUAUACGCAGUCACAUUCCGUACUGCCUAGAAACUGGAUUUACUCCACCUCAACGCAGUUUUCUCGGAUGGAAGAUAAUCAUUGUGGCAGUGCGUCGUUCUGAUUCCACACAUGUACAUAAUGCAUUUCUGCGCAUCCUUUACAAGUAUUGGUAUGGUAUCGACUACGUGGUUGCGCGUCCAUGACUGCAUGUGUUAUAACAAGCUAAUCAAGCGUAAAGUAAAACGUUCACUUGUAGUUAACAUAUUAACAUGUUUCUUGAAUUACAAUUUGUUAAGGCGAAUUGAAGAAUACUUACAAUAGAGACAUACUGGCAACUGUACAACGGUUUAUGACUUGUCACAUAGGUACAUAUAAAGAAGAAAACCAUAUAGGAAUCAUCGACACAGCGACAUGACCAAUAUACACAAUCCUUCGUUCAGUCGACCAAGUUUCAGCAGUAACUGCACACCAAUAGACUUGAUAUAUAUGUUGUUGCCGGAACAGGUACGAAUUGUGCAAAAUAUGUCUCCGCCUGCAAUUUAGUCGUAAUUUUUCCGAGAGGUCGUGCCAGUUCCAUAAUCGGGUUGUCCGAGAACACUGCUGAGCCCGAUUCAUCGAGGAAGGUUAUUAGAUCUGUAAUCCCAAAAGACCCUUCGCCAUUUGUCGACCACCCUUCUUUUUUUAGCGAUAAUGACAGAGUAUGUCUUUUCAAAUACAAACCUGCAAACCUUAUAAUUGGCAGUCAUCAGUCAUUUGAUGUAUACCAAGGAAAUGCUUUUUCAUGCGCCAAUGGGACGUCGUUAACUGCUCCCCUUCUUACAUCUAAAUGAAGGGAGGUUAAAUUUAGUAUAAAUGCUAUUAACAAUGGAGGCAGUGCACAUUGUUCAAGUAAUACUUAGGCAACCAAGCCCUUAAGUCUAUGUCAGCAACUUCCUUCGAAUAAAUCAGUUUUAGAGAUAAUAUCGAGGACUAACACAUCGCAAUUCUACAACAAACGACUUAAAAAUAAUGUUUAAAUAUUCCCCGUUAUUUUAUUGACACAGUUCUAAACGACAAACAAAUUUCUGAACUCAGCACAAUGUUCUCCGUGAACGCUGCCGUUUCUUCUCUGAUAUUUUGUUCUAAUAGAUCCCGAGAGACGGAAUUGUUCCUACAUUUCUUUAAUUCAAGAUAACCCCUCAAAAAAUCCCAUGGCUCAAUUUGUGGUCUUAUCUGGAUAUCAAUUUUCGGUAAGAAGUUCAAGAGCAACCGGCUGAAAGCCCAUCGAUAGCGGGUGGAAGAGAGUGAUCUCCUGGGUCCGAAAAUAAAAAAGAAGUCUAACAAAAUUAGUUUGAUUGUGCAAUUUUGGAGCAUGAUUUUGUCUCCAGGCCCCCAUCCGGUAAAGACCCGUUCAAGGUGUCAGAUUUUACUCCAUCCUGCUGAAACCACGUGUUUCGAUUAAAACCAACAAAAGUUUGGAAAACUGCGAAAAAGGCGUUACUGUGUUGCUUUGCCAGCGAAAAGCAUGCCAACAUCACUGCCCAAACAGUGACUAUAAUAGUCUUUCAUGUUUGUGUUUUAGAUUCGAUGGGCUUUAAGGUGAAAAUAUGCCACAUCCGAAAACAAAAAGUUAGUGAAGGACGGAAAUAGAUCAACCCUUUGAUGAGCGAAGUUAAGCCUUUCGGCGACAACUACGGCUUUAAAUCUUGAACCCGCUGUAUUUUGCAGGGGCGAAUACACAAGUCUUUCGGCAUUAUUGCCUUAUAGAGAACUUUUAGCAAUAUUUAAGGCACUUACCCUCUAACUGACUGAGGUGCAUUCUGUAUAUUUUCGUCGCUUCUCGAUGACCUUGAUUAUCUCGUCCAGGGUUCGCUCAUUCUCGCACCAGUCUUUGCAAAUUUAGUACCCAUAUGAGUGUGUAGGCACUUCAUUUAUCCGACGCAACUAUUGUUUCUGUAAAAUUUGCGCUUACAUAUUACACAUCCCGACUCUGUGAACGCUCCAUAGCCGCUGGAUUCCCAACCUCCAUUUUUAUGCUAGCUUAUAUGUCUCACUCGCCGUUCAGAUCAAACUUUAAAAUUCUUCUAGUCAACUGUCUUCACAUCUCCUCAAUCAGCUCAAUUGAAAGUUCUUCCAAUAUUAAUAGAAUUAAAUUACAGAAAUUGCAUGGAACAGGUUCUAUUAUUGUCUUCCCAUUCGCAAGAAAUACUGCCAAAACCAUAAAACUUCUAGCAUCACACAUCGAGUAUUAUUCACUUAUUCAGGAAGUAUUUUUUGAACCAGGAUACUUGUAAAUUUCUCUGUAAUAUCGAUGUUGAAUCUUCUUAACCGCUAAAGAUGCCUUCCCAGUAUUUUCCAAUUACUUUGCUAUAUUCCUCAGCAGACUAAUAUUGCAUCUUUAUCUAGUUGUUCAUGUUUCUGCGUAGUCUGGGUAGAACUUAAAAAGAAAACGGUUUGUUUUCUCGAAUACGGACACAUUCCAAUAGUGUGGUCCUAAAUAUGUUAGAUAUGUAGCACUGAUCCAUUUCACAUCCAAAGCGCUGAGCGUCCAGUUUUUUCCCAUUUUUCUUUUUUUUUCGAAUCCGCGACUAACCGUAGUUGUAACCUUCAAAAUGAGUAACAGGUUGGCCAGUUAAUAUUAUUUAUUGCCUUGUUUUUAUCCAUUUAGGUGUUUGUACUCUUACAAGUUCAAAUUUUAGCUAAUCGCAAUUAGAUUGAACUUUUAUUAAUGUAAAUAUAAGAGAAGUGACAGUCUUGAAAAACUUGGAAAAAAAUGAAUUUGUUUGCUCGGGACUAGAGUUGUUGGUUCUAUAUUUUAUCUAGUACAAAAAAAAAUUGACACGGCCUUUAAGCGAUUCGCUUUUCAAUGCCUUUAAAGGUGGAAAAAAAUCAUGUGAUUCCUAGUAAUAGAAGUAUCGUCAUUUGUUGAUGUAUGACCUAUUCAUUACGAGUCAUCUCGUCGUCUAUUGACAGAAUUAGCUGCUACACCUGCACUCAACGUCCUUUCAGCCCCUAUCCACGCCAAGCAAUUGAGAAGUACUACUCUGCUGGGAAGGCUCUAGUUUAGACCAUGAUGUCCAUAUUUACAUUCCGAAUCGAUUGCGAGACUCUCAAUGACCGACUUCGGGACCAACUCGGUCAUUAACAGUAUUGCUGCUUCCGCUGAUGAUAAAACACCGUCGUUUCAGCCAAGAUCCGUUUCACCAUUCGUAACCACGAUUUAUAUGAUAGCCAUAAGCGCCUCCGGGUGGUAUAGCGCGUCGACAAUACCUACGCGGAAUCGCUGCCGAUUUCUGCGAAUAUAAUGGUUUUACCUGCGUUUUCAUUUUGCUACCCGAUUAAAACCAUCGCCAUCCGCAAAACUAAUAAUCGUUAUCUCCUCCGCAGCACCGCCAUCUCCGUUACGUUCCAGAAAAGAGGCCUCAAUACGGCAUCUUGAGGAAUUCGUACUUAACAAUGUACACUUUUGGCCUUUCGUUCGUCUACUUAAUGAUUUGUCUACUGGCCUCUAUCCGUCGAUCUACUUUUCAUUUAAAAUUGACAACGACACCUCCUGAAUUGUAAAAACAUAGGGUUUUUAAAUAGUAGCUACGGUAUUGAAUAUUUGCCGAAAUGAAACCAUGCGCAACAGAACAUUUUCACCAUGUGUCAUAAUCCGUCUGAGAUAGGGAGGUAGGUCCAUUCCGAGGAGUUCAAUUGGUGCGCAGCUCUAAUGCCAUAAAAUCUGAAGACCAGAUCUUCAAAACAGCCGGAAGCAUUCCCGAAGGAUGGCAGCUCUCCAAUCUACAAACAGAGAUCCCUUUGAGGGUUUCUAAAGAAUUGUUUACAUAGUAUCCGCAGUCUGACUCUAGAUAGGGCUGAAUAAUCGCAGAAGAAGUGCUUGAGGGGCUCUCCCUCCUCCUAUCCCUCUUCGCGAGAUGGACAAUAUGAAUUGUAGGGUAUAUGAGUCCCCUAUAGGCCAACGCUCCAUGCAAAUCGCGAUAGCCCUGUACGCAUUUACCCACCUCAGGUCCAAAAAUUCUCAUGACCGGGUUUUGUUGUUAAAGGUGGUUGAAGACUAGACUGCCCUUGACAUAGUUCCAUCUUAACAAGGAAUGACAACUAGCCAUGCAGCUAGUAGAACAACACCUCUGCGCAAACCAGAUGUAUCUGGGAAGAAACGAGGAUAUCAUGAAGGCCUAAGCACCACCACUAGUUUAUGCAACUAUGACUCUUUGAAAAAGCAAACAGCAAUCCAAUUGGUGUCACGCAUAAGUCUUAAAGGUAACCUGAGCUCACUACCCCUGUAUAGCCAACCUCUCAUAACUACGUAAUCGCGGAAUCCCCAAUAUCCAUUAUAAUUAACCAACUCUUAGCUAUCGAAAUUUUUUAUAUUCGUAGAAUGUGUGCUUAACCCUAAAAACGAGGUUCCAACAGGUCGGCAUCAUUUUCUUAGACGAAGGUGAGCGCCAACCAAUGAAGAGCUGCUGAGGCUCUCUAUAAGGGAUGGAGGGCUCGGAAUCUCACUGUUAGAAUCUAAGCUCAUUUGAACCUCGAAUUUGUAGACACAUAGUCAACUUAUUGCAGACAGUAAUAGCAUGUAUUUCUCCACCACCAAAUCUCAACCAUGAACACCGCGAUUCCAAUCUAAAUUUUUAGAGCGUACAGAGCAUUGAGAAACUACUUGUAUUUACUGCUUCUUCGUAGGGUCGGUUUUGCUAAGAAAAAAUCCCCUGCACAUUCGAACUACAUAGGUCACCGAUUAAGAAACUUAGUGGAAGCUGCCUCCGUGGGUCUGCCAUGUCAAUGUCAACGGGCCAAAUUAAUCGUUGCAGCAUAGAUAUAAUAUGUUAAUAGAUCUCCCUUUCAGUGUUUUAUGUAGUUAAUAUCUGUAAUUUUUGCCUGCCAAACUCACUCAAUUUACUGAACGUGGUUAAAUAUAUUUGCACUAUCCUAGAACAUGUGUUUCAUCACUCUCCUUACAGAAUCUGCAAGCAGUCCCCGUAGAUAUCCCUAGGGGGCAAUUUAGCCUAAAGUGGCCAGUGAGUAUUACUAUUAUGAUAGGAAGGCUCAUCUUGGCGAAGUUUAAAUAAUCCUCCGAGCGCUUGGGCUCAUAUCGCACCCUGGAUUCUUUUAUCCUUGGUAGAAUUGACUAGUACAGUUCCCCUAGCUUGGUUUUUGAGCGUCAUAACCAUGAACCCAUGAACAUAGAAGGACUCCGAUUCGUCUCUAACCCAAAGUAUCCACACCUUAUUGAUUUUCUGGAGAUCACAUUCUUUGCCUGAAUUUGUAUGUGCAGAUGGAGAGGAAUCAAUCCCAAAAGGAGGUCUAGGAAUGUCUUUGGGCCUUUCCUCAUUGCCUUACUGAUAGACAGGCAAACCGGUCUUUGAAGUUUGUGUAACUUUUUGUCUUUUGUGUUGAGUUCUGUCUGCCCAGUUUACUGCCCUAUAGGGAUCAUUGACAUUACUAUUGCAGUGUAUAUCCGGUGCAGCAUUUUCGGGGUGCAUUCCCUGCUAUGAACCUGCAAAUCAUCAUUAUUUCCUUCCUGUACUGUAGAAAUCUUGCAUUCUAAUGAAGAUGUAGUCUUGAAAGACGAGAAUGGGGAUGAAGCAGAAUUUCAUAGUUCAGAUCGUUCAAUUUUGCAAAUUCUGAUGCGUCACAUGCAAGGGGACAAUGUCAUGGAAAGAGAUUGAUCCUUUUUUGUUGACUAUUGGUGAUACAUUUGGUCGAUUUGCGAGGAGUAUACCUUUGUCGUGGUGAUUUCUGCUGAAUUUAGGGGAUUGUAAUAGAUUAUAUGGGCAGCGGACUACCAAGCAAUUGAAAAUGGAAAAUGAGGCACUUGUCGCAAUUUAACCACUAAGCUGAUCGUUGCUGAUUAUCAUGUAGAAUUCACUUUUCAGCCCAUCGGGAAAUGGACCGCAUGACAUGUAUUAAUGUCCCAAUGGGCUUUGGGUCGUUUUUAAUCAGUUUGGAUAUUUAAACCACUCUGAACUAGUGAAUUUUUAUCAACGUGGAUGACAAGACCAUAAAAUCAAAGACAAUUUCUGAACGAUGAGGAUGACGUGAUAUCGAUCGAGUUUCUUCCUACAUUUCUUCAACUCGUCCUUCAUCUUUUUGUCCAUUGACAAACAGAAGACGUUAGGUUAGAGAAUGGAGGAUAUGGUUCAAAACGUCCCAUCGUAACGUAUCCUGCUUCGUCGCGUUGGUCGUGCAAGAUCUGGCAUUAUCGUGCAACAUGCAAACUCUCUUUGUCAGCAUGCUCCCUGCCCCCCGCCUUUCCUCUGAAUCGCACUUUCCAAUGAUGGUCCUCUUUUAAGCCAGAUAUUGAUUCAAAAUUAUUGCUUUUUACGGAGAGUAAAAAGGUGUCACGUUACUGUUGAGACUGUUUUUUGGUUUCAGUAACACCGUAAUAGACAAAAUCAUUACCUUCGAGUUUGUAGCGCUCCGAAAUCUCUUUGGAGGUAUGCACUCGAUUCAAAUUCUGUUUUUCUAUCAGCAGUUUUGGGGCCCACCUUGCAGGCAGUUUCGAAUAUCCAAGGGUUUCAGUUGGGGUUUCGUACAGUCAUGAUCUGGAAAUUUGAAGAAACGUCACAGAAAAUUACCUGUGAUCAUCAGUUUGUUGGUUGCAAUUGAAGGUCUUCCGGUCUACUGAUCGUCAUGCACGGAAGUACGGCCAUUUUUGAACUCUUGGCUUGACUUGUACAGUUUCGUUUUACUGGACGAAAUGGAGUUUUCCCUUUCAAAACGAGUUAUCGGAUGACGGCGAGGAUUUCGCACUUGGGGGAAGAUUAGAUCGACAUUUUUUGCAAGAGAUGGGAGUCAAAACUUUUCAACAUAAUAACCACGAGUUAGUCUUGUUUUGAAAAGAAGGUUCCAGUCAAUACGUCAGUGCCAUAAACAUGUUGAAAAAUCAGUCCUUGCGGCUGUGAAAGCCUCCGUACCUUACUUUCUGGCUGUGCCUCUUGGACGCGUUGUAGGUCGCUAGGAAAACAUCACUUGUGUAGUGCAGAAAGCUGAACUUGCCUGGUGAACAUCAGCGGAGAUAUCAGACGGUGUUAACGUGUAGCAAUUUAACCUACCAGAGCAGUUCCUCUAACAUUAGAUGCCACAUUGUGUACCAGGUAAUUUUGGAGGGCGAUAUUUCCCACGCUGUUUUUCCAUAAGGACGGCGUAGCAUAUCAGAAUUUCUACAAUUCUUGACAAAUCUGUAUUUGACUGUAAUUUCGAUGAAUGUCACAAAUAUACUUGCUAAAAUCUUCGCAACAUGGUAUAAUAACCAAAUUGGAUAAUAAUUUGAAAGUUAAGCCGAACUGACUUUUCCCAUUUUGAAACGGUUAUAUUGUGUAGUGAUAGUGUUCUACCCUUCUCAACAGUGUAAUGAAAAAUUUCAUUGAGCCAGAAUAUUGGAUUGCAGUUCUUCACUGUCCAGCGCUCACUCGGAAUGUCCUCCAGUCCUAUUGCUUUCUCCAGUUUCAUUCGCUUGGUCACCUCCCCACCAACGAUGGUGCUAAUAGGCGGAAUUGUUGCAAAACGUCGGCAAUACAUGCAUUAGUAGUGGAUGAUUAAAUUCUUCGGUAAGGUACGUAGACUAGAUCCUUGUCACUAAAAUAUGAUAGCAAGAGUAAUCGACUUCCUGGUUGCGCUUGUAUCAGUUAUUUGCAAGUUGAUACAGAUCUUUUCCGCCAUUCUGAGUGUCAAGUGUUUAGUAAAGCUUUUUGCAGUGAACUACUAGAGUAAAAGUGGUUGCUUUCUUUGUUUCGCAUUUGGCAUUCUUACAGACGUUUCCUCUUACGUACCUUCAUUCGGAUAUUAUCAUUUCAGAACUAGGUGGGUAAACCAUUUGUCGAAAUUAGUGACUCCAAGAAUUGUAUUGGCCGCUGGCUCGACUUUAUGUUUCUUCCUCGCUCAUAAUGAUCCGCAGUCGCGACAAGCCGAUGUCGUCUACACAUUAUUUCAAUGGUGGUUUGACAGUUGUACUGAAAAAUUGGCACCUCCGGAAUAUACUUUUUUAUACAAAGAUAUAUAGAAACGAACUGAAUGUUUAUAGUUACCGCAUUUACAGUUUAUAAAUAUUUUAUAUUGAAUUAUAUCAUUUCCAUAGUUAAGUUGCUAUUAUAGAUACAAUUAUUUUCAAGGAAACUAAAGACUAAUAACAGACGUUUUCCUUAUUGAGAGAAUUGAACCUGGUAAAGAGCAAUUUUUGAACACACUUAGCAAUACCUAAACAAGCUGCUACCGUAGAUAUCCUCUAUUUCCAAUUAAAAUAAAAGUUGCUAUAAAUUCUGUUAUCGACUAAGAACGUUUUAAACAUACGAAUAAGAAUGUUAAACAAUAGCAAAAUAACAGUCUAUUGCUACUUUGUUGUGGCAUCAUAUUAUUAUUGCAUUAAUGCACUCGUAAUAAGUAUCUUUACAGCUACAUGAUAGCUAGGAAUAAAUUCUUUCGAAUAAAUGAGAACUUGGGACUAUUAUUGGAAAAAUAAUGUAAUUUUAAUUUUUUUCUAAUCUUUAUAAUCUUUAACAAAUUGUAUUUGUAACUUGCUUUUGCCAGAAUUAAUUUCAAAUGCAGGAUCUGCACUACCGAAGGCGCAGAUAAUUGCAACAUCGAAAUGAAUACGUUUUCAACCAUUUGUCUUCUGUUCUAUUGUGCAACCUUUAAGGUUAAAACUUAUUUGUAUUUACGUUAAAAUUAUUUAGCUGCCAACUUUCUUAGAAUAUGACAAUCAAAUUGAAAAAUAUCAGACAAAUAUUAUGCAAUUGUAUUUAUCAAACUGAGACAAUUCCAGAAGGGAAAGUUAACAAAAGAAUGCAGUUCAGCUUUAUAGGAACAACAGAUGCGUGAGAAAAUUUAAUGGAUCCCUGAUUCCUUCUGCUGGUUAAAUAAUUUUAACAAAACCCUUGAAAAGAGCUUAAUUAUCACUUAAGUGAAGAUAUCCUAUUAGUAAACUAUUGCGUUCAUAGAUAAAAUCAUAUCUCUACUUAAAAAAAUCCCUCUAACAAAAACUACAAACACUCAAUACACCACACAUACAUAUUGCAUAAGAAGAAGGAACCAAAAGUUUUCAGUCUUUACACCAGAAAAAUGAAUUUUCAAAUACAAAACAUGAAUUUAAUUUGAUGUAAUUAAUAAUCGUGGAAUUUCGAGCAAGAGAUAAACAAGUUUGAAAUGUAAAACCUCGUUGCAGCAUGAAUCCGCCUGCAACACUUAGAUAAACAUAAUUGACUUUGAUAGAAAAUUUCCAAUUUGUUUAAAAAAGCGGAACACAUGAAGAUACUACUAAACCUUCCUUGUAGGAACCAGCCUCCUACAUAUGAAACAGAACAAAUAAAAAACGCUAAAUGAAAUAUUAAAUGUUAUUAGAACGAAUAAAUACUAUUAACUGAAAAUGCUGGCCAUUUUCUCGCUAUGCAGAAAGGAGAAAAUAUCGCAUUGCAAAGCUAAUUAAUGAAUACAUAAGCACGUCGACACAGCGAGAUAAAUAAUCCAAUUUAGGAAUAGAUGCUACGACAAACGUGCAUUUUUCGAAAGUAUUAAGUUGUUUGGUGACAAAAUUCAUAACUUUUGAAAUAAAAUUAUGUUUUCAUAUUAAUUUUAAACAUCCACGACACUGAUAAGUGAAUGACUUGAUGCAGACAAAAACUGCGGAGAAUAAACCAUAAUUUUGGGAAUAAGAUUAUUGUAAUAAUUAUAAAAGUGAACAGCUGAAAAAAAAAAUAAACGGGAAAAAUUAUUGUGCAAUUGAUUGCGAUAAA